GCAAGUGUUCAAGAUCAUCCGUCCAAAUACCAAUUCAGAUCAAGAUGGCUAUGGCCAUGAAAGUUGAGAUCAUACACAAAGAAACCAUCAAACCAUCUUCUCCAACCCCACCUGACCUUAAAACCCUCAAGCUUUCCCUUCUGGAUCAGUUCACUCCUGCCACUUAUACACCAAUAAUUCUCUUUUACCCUGCAGGUGCUGAAAGAUCACAAAACCUAAAGACAUCGCUAUCUGAAACCUUAACUCUCUGGUACCCACUUGCAGGCAGGCUCAAAGAUAAUGCCUAUAUAAAGUGUGAAGAUCAGGGAGCUAAAUAUGUUGAAGCUCGCAUCAAAUGUCCUCUCUCAGAUAUUCUCAAUAAGCCUGACGUAGAGGUGCUAAAGCAAUUCCUGCCUGCGAGUAUAGAAUCUCCUGAAGCAGCGACGGGUAAUUUUUUACUCGUCCAAGCCACUUUCUUUGACUGCGGUGGCUUGGCAAUUGGGGUUUGUAUCUCGCAUAAGAUGGCUGAUGCAGCCACAUUAAACACAUUCGUUAGAAGCUGGGCUGCAACAGCCAAUAGCUCGAGUGAACUGGUACGUCCUGUAUUCAUGGGUGCAUCUAUUUUCCCACCAAUAGACUUGUCAAUUCCAAUGACCCCAGUGGAGCUGAUGCAACGAAAGUGCAUCACAAAAAGGUUUGUGUUUAGUGCCUCGAAGCUUGCUGCUUUGAGGGCUAAAGUUGCCAGUACAAGCGUGCCAAAGCCAUCGAGGGUGGAAGCUGUGUCGGGACUUAUCUGGAAAGGUGUAAUGACUGCGGUAAGAUCAAACUUUGGAUGUUUCAGGCCAUCAGUAUGGUCAAUUUCUGUGAAUUUGCGUAAGAGGCUGGUCCCAGCCUUACCAGAAAACUACUCGGGCAACUGCGUGGGGUUCAUUGGUCCAAAGAAUAUUGAAGAUAACGAGCUAGAAUUGCAAGAGCUAGUGGGUAGAAUAAGGAAAGAAAUGGAAGAAUUUGGUGAAAAUUAUGUGAAAAAAAUUCAAGAGGAUGGAGCUUUAUUAGCAAUUUGUGAUUUUUCUAAGGAGUUUGGAGAGCUUGCCAAGAGUAAUCAUACUGACUUCUAUGUCUGCUCUAGCUGGUGUAAAUUCGACAUAUAUGGUGCUGAUUUCGGAUGGGGAAGGCCCAUAUGGGUGAGCAGUACAAGCACAGAAGUAAGGAAUGUUGCUAUUUUGAUGGAUACUAGAGACGGCGAUGGAAUAGAAGCAUGGUUGACUCUGAGUGAAGAAGACAUGGCCUUGCUCGAAUCUAAUCAAGAGCUGCUUGAAUUUGCUGCGCUGAAUCCUAGUGUACCUCUUAGCUAGCUAAGUAAUUAACAGCUGGUGUAUUCUAAGGAUUUCGUGUUUCUUCUACCAUGUUCCAUGUGACACAGAUUGUCUUCUUCCUGCCAAUUUUCUUUAUAUUUGAAACAGAAUGCUAUUCAGGGCCGCCUGUGAGUGUGAUGUGUCUAUCAAUAUAAAUAAAGAAUAAGGUCAAUGUUCUUGCUCAUACUUUACGACCCUUAUGAAUCUCAAGCAAAUUUUUCUUUUUUUCAGAAUUUUUG